GUCUUUUUUACUUUUCGUUAGCAGCACGUUUUGGAAAGUGUUUGUUUUGCCAAGUGUUUUAAGUUUCUGACGUUAUUAAAGGAAUAUUUCUGUGGCCGGCAAAAUGCCAAAUCUCAGCGGAAAAGCAGACGUGAUAUUCGAAGAAGAUGAUUUGGCUUAUGAAGAAGAGAUCAUCAGGAAUCCAUAUUCAGUCAAGUGUUGGAUGCGUUACAUUGAGCACAAGCAGAAUGCUCCCAAGUCUGUGCUCAAUAUGAUCUAUGAAAGAGCUUUAAAAGAACUGCCUGGCAGUUAUAAGUUGUGGUACAAUUACCUGAGAGAGAGGAGGAAACAGGUGAAAGGCAAGUGUGUCACAGAUCCAGCGAAUGAGGAGGUCAACAACUGUCACGAGAGAGCUCUAGUGUUCAUGCACAAGAUGCCACGGAUAUGGAUCGAUUACUGUGGGUUCAUGGUGUCUCAAUGUAAAAUUACACGGAGCAGACGGACGUUUGAUAGAGCAUUAAGAGCGCUGCCCGUAACCCAGCAUGGUCGGAUCUGGCCCCUGUAUCUUCGCUUUGGCCGUAACUUACCUCUGCCGGAAACCGCUAUCCGCGUUUACCGACGUUACCUGAAGUUAUCUCCUGAGAAUGCAGAAGAAUACAUUGAUUACCUACGAACGGUCGGACAUCUGGAUGAAGCUGCACUUCGGCUGGCAGCUGUCGUCAAUGAUGAAAACUUUGUUUCUAAAGAGGGAAAGUCAAAUUAUCAGCUCUGGCACGAGCUCUGCGACCUCAUCUCACAAAACCCAGACAAGGUGACAUCGUUCAACGUGGGAGCCAUUAUUCGAGGAGGUCUCACUCGGUUUACUGACCAGCUUGGCAAGCUCUGGUGUUCUCUGGCUGAUUACUACAUCCGCAGUGGCCACUUUGAGAAGGCUCGAGACGUAUACGAGGAAGCCAUCCUAACCGUAGUCACGGUGCGAGAUUUCACCCAGGUGUUCGACAGCUAUGCACAGUUUGAGGAAAGCAUGAUCGCCGCCAAAAUGGAGACCACGUCCGAACUGGGACAGGAUGAAGAUGAGGACAUUGACCUGGAGUUACGGUUGGCACGAUUCGAGCAGCUGAUAACUCGACGCCCGCUAUUGUUGAACAGCGUGUUGCUGCGUCAGAAUCCUCACAAUGUUCACGAGUGGCACAAGAGAGUUAAACUCUAUGAGGGUCAACCACGACAGAUAAUCAACACGUUUACCGAGGCUGUGCAGACAGUAGACACAAUGAAAGCCACAGGAAAGCCUCACAUGCUCUGGGUUUCCUUCGGCAGAUUCUAUGAAGAUAAUGAACAACUGGAUGAUGCUCGGACCAUCUUUGAAAAGGCCACCAAGGUGAUCUACAAACAGGUGGAUGAUCUUGCUGCAAUAUGGUGCGAGUAUGGUGAGAUGGAGCUGAGACAUGAAAAUUAUGAUCAGGCUCUACGCAUACUAAGGAAAGCAACAGCGAUUCCGUCAAGGAAAGCAGAGUAUUUCGAUUCAUCGGAACCGGUGCAGAAUCGAGUGUACAAAUCCCUUAAAGUCUGGUCCAUGCUUGCAGAUUUGGAGGAAAGUCUGGGCACAUUCCAGUCUACAAAGGCAGUGUAUGAUCGCAUCAUUGAUCUCAGGAUCGCCACACCUCAGAUAAUUAUAAACUAUGCCAUGUUCCUUGAGGAACACAACUACUUUGAGGACAGCUUCAAGGCAUAUGAGCGUGGCAUUGCCCUCUUUAGAUGGCCUAAUGUCCAUGAUAUCUGGAACACAUAUCUCACAAAGUUCAUCGAUCGAUAUGGAGGCAAGAAGCUGGAGAGAGCACGAGAUCUGUUUGAGCAAGCUCUGGAUGGGUGCCCUGUUAAAUACGCCAAAACGAUCUACCUGCUGUAUGCUAAGCUGGAGGAGGAAUACGGUCUUGCACGUCAUGCCAUGGCUGUGUAUGAGAGAGCCACCUCUGCUGUAGAAUCAGAUGAGCGCCAUCAAAUGUUCAACAUCUACAUCAAGCGGGCAGCAGAGAUUUAUGGGGUCACACACACAAGAGCCAUCUAUCAGAAAGCCAUUGAGGUCCUGCCAGAUGAGCACGCCAGAGACAUGUGUCUGCGCUUUGCUGAUAUGGAAAGCAAACUUGGAGAGAUUGACCGAGCAAGAGCCAUCUAUUCCUACUGCUCUCAGAUCUGUGAUCCAAGGAUGACUGCUCGUUUCUGGCAAAACUGGAAAGAGUUUGAGAUUCGCCACGGGAACGAGGACACAAUCCGUGAGAUGUUGCGUAUUAAACGCAGUGUGCAGGCCACUUAUAACACACAGGUCAACUUCAUGUCCGCUCAGAUCAUAAAGGCCACUACUGGAACAGUGUCAGAUUUCGAUCCAGGGCAGAGCGGUUUGGAUGACAUGAAGUUGUUGGAGCAGAAGGCUCAGCUGCUGGCGAAAGAGGCCGAGCAGGACAAACCCAAACCUAAAGACAAGAUCCUUUUCGUCAGGAGUGACACCUCUCGCAGCGAGCUGGCCGAACUGGCCAAACAAGCCAAUCCAGAUGAGAUUGACAUUGAUGAUGAUGAUGAGGAUGCGGAGGAUGGAGAACCCGAUGAGGUCCAGCUAGAGCAGAAGUCUGUCCCUACCGCUGUCUUCGGAGGACUAAAGGAGGACUGAAACAAAACAACGAACGGACAAUGACAACCAGCACAUCAAUUAUUUGAAUUAAAUAUACAUGUUUGGUGUUUGAAAACAUUGCCAUGCAAUACCAACUCAGACCACUGGGAGGCACUCUAAUCACCAUUCGCAUGCUUUCAUUUUUCUGAAAAGGCAUUCAGUCAAUAAAAUAUUAAAACUUUAAUAUCUUCGACAUUAAAAGAGCAAUGACCUUAACAUUUUUGUUACCAGAUUGUGACACUGUAAAAUCUGACGGCACUGCCCAUUAUCGCAAGGAUAAUUGGGUGGAGCUGAAAAAGAGAGAAUUGUAAUGUCACCCUUUCAGACAUUUGUUUGUGCACACAUCUGAAGAUGUGGUUUCAAGAUUCUAACAGUUAAAACAAAACAUAUUUGCUUAAUAAACGCAGCAAACAUUU